UUGACAAGUAAUGUCUAACUUGAUUGACAAUACUUUAUAGAGUUUCAUCGUGUUUUGUACUAUUCAUUUUAUAGAAAAAAUAGAAAAGAAAAAGAAAAAGAAAAGAGACCAAAUGAAUAAUGAAAGAGCAAAAGAAGAUACCCUUCUCACCUUCACUUCUUGAACUUCCACUUUAAACAUUCAUAAUCUUUGCCUUUUGCUAUAAGAAAACUCCCAUUCCCUUUGCCUUUUUGAUCCAUAAUUGUGUACUUAAUUGUAAAUUUUCAAAAUUUUGAAAAGAAUAUCACUUUCCUUUCUCAUUAAUUCAUUCAUCAUCUUUACUCCCUCAAACUCAAACUACUCUCUCCAUCCUAAUUUCCUCUCUUUUAAAAGCCCACAAAAGGCCACUCAUAAUUCCACAUGUUUUGCUUACAAUCUUGAAAAGAAUUUCAAGUUAGCUACAGAGAGAGAUAUAAUGGCAACUUUUGUUCUCAGUUAUCUCAUCCUUUUCUUCUCUCUCCUUUUUAUUUCUGAUGCAGAAAUUUCAAGCAAGAUAGGAAUAAACUAUGGCCAACUUGGGAACAAUCUUCCACCUCCAAAUCUUGCCAUUGAAAUGAUGAAUUCCAUGAAAGUUGGAAGAGUGAAAUUAUAUGAUGCCAACCAUGAAAUCUUAAGCCUUUUAUCAAGAACAAAGCUUCAAGUUUCUAUUAUGAUUCCCAACAAUGAAAUUUCAGACAUUGCCAACAACCAAACAAGAGCUGACCAAUGGAUCUUAAACAACGUUGUUCCAUUUUAUCCUAAUACUAUGAUUCGGUUCAUUCUUGUCGGAAAUGAAGUUUUGAGCUAUGAUUCUGAUAUGGAUCGUCAAGUUUGGAAUGAUCUUGUGCCAGCCAUGAGAAGGAUUUGGAGUUCCCUUAAAGCUAAUAACUUGCAACAGAUCAUUCGAGUUGGAACUCCGGUGGCUAUGGAUGUUUUGGAGACCGCAUUUCCGCCGUCGAGAGGGACAUUUAGGUCCGAUAUUCGACGGACCGUCGUCGCUCCGAUGUUGGACUUCUUGAAUGAAACCAGAUCUUUCUUCUUUGCGGAUGUGUAUCCAUAUUUUUCUUGGUCAGCAAACCCCAUGAAUAUCGACUUGGAUUUUGCUCUUUUCAAUGGAAACUUUGAACAAAUCGAUGGAGGAAGUGGGCUCGUGUAUACUAAUCUUUUGGACGAAAUGCUGGAUUCUCUCAUCUUUGCUAUGGCCAAACUUGGCUACCCAGAUAUUCGGCUCGUCAUAUCAGAGACCGGGUGGCCAACCACUGGAGAUAUCGAAGAACCAGGUGCGAAUCUCCUCAACGCGGCAACCUACAACCGGAAUCUAGUAAAGAGGAUAACGGCAAAGCCUACGAUAGGGACACCGGCGAGACCAGGGGUGGUGAUACCGACGUUCAUAUUUGCUCUCUUCAACGAGAACCAAAAAUCGGGACCAGGGACGGAGCGACAUUGGGGGUUGUUGAGCUCAGACGGGAGUCCAAACUAUCAAAUCGACUUGACUGGAAAGAAGUCUUCAGUCGAAUACGAUCCGCUACCGGUGGUGGAGAACAAUGUGCCAUUUAGGGGGAGACUGUGGUGUGUGGCGGCGAGAGGAGUGGAUUUGAUGGAGCUCGGGGCGGCAGUCGAUGACGUGUGCGGCGGAGGAGAUGGGACAUGUGAGGCGCUGUCGCCGGGGAGGGAGUGCUAUGAGCCAGUAUCAGUGUAUUGGCAUGCAAGCUAUGCUUUUAGUUCAUAUUGGUCAAAGUUUAGGAGCCAAGGAGCAAACUGCUAUUUCAAUGGACUUGCUGAACAGACAACUAUUGAUCCUAGUGAGUUAAAUUCCCUUUUUUUCUUUUCAAAAACAAGCCCUUCUCUAUUUUUUUUCACAAAGUAUUUUCUAAGUUGAUCUAGAGUUUUAGUUCUUGAUCAAGAGUACAAAUUUGAUAUCAGUUAAAUUAUGUUCACAUUAAUCCUUAAUAUUAUUUAUUUAUUUAAACUUCUAAUGAUUUGAUAUUUACUCUUUUUAAUGUUAAAAAGGUAUGAUCUAACGAUAUUCUAUCAUUUACCAUUUCUAUGUUUGAGUGAAGUAUUGAGGGAAAUCAAUAAGAAAUCAAGCCUAUAUCAUUUAUUUC